CCUAUGUCUUCCGUCUUCAUAUGCUUUCCAACACAGACAUAUGGGACGUCGAGUACUGAACGUAAACAAUGACUAUCACCUGCAUGACCAACUUCAUUGAAAGACACCGACACACUCCGGCGAACAUAACUAUCUUUUGCUUUUUCACAUUUUUAUACAAUAUAAAAACUUACUUUCAAACACUCAAUCACGUGGGUCAUUUUUGAAAGCCUAGAUUGCUUCAAUUGACUGUCAAACGGAACACCUACACAAGCUCUUCAUGAGGAAGCCAUUCUCAUCCAACGGCUGCCCUUACUUAUGCACGGUACAAGACCCAUCCUACUCGUGCACCUUAGAAUUUGUCCUAACACUGAUAUAUGAUUGGGGAUUUUGGUUAAUGGAAAGAGGAAACCAAACCCUAAUAAGUCCCAAAUCACAAUCACAAUAUCAGAAGCGAUGUCUAUUAUUUUGUCUCUGCAGUUCACUCCUUACGAAUUCCUAGUAUCGCCGAUCGCUGUGGCCUUUCACUUUCUUCUCUACUUAGCGCGUAUAACCACAACAACACUUCGCAGAACCAAAAGAACUGUUACAUUGUGCUCAAACUGGCGGCGAAUAUGGAGGAAGAAGAUGAUUAUGUUGAGUAUGUGCCCGUGGCCAAGCGUCGGGCCUUGGAAGCUCAGAAUAUUCUCCAACGCAAAGGGAAGGCCUCUGCUGCCACUGACGAUGAUUUGGAGAAACAAAGAGUGGCUGAAACUAAGCCCAGUCUUCUGGUUAAAGCGUCACAGCUGAAACGAGAGCAACCCGAGAUCAGUGUGACGGAGCAGAUCGUUCAACAGGAGAAGGAGAUGAUUGAAAACUUGUCAGAUAGGAAAACCCUCAUGUCUGUCCGUGAAUUGGCUAAGGGGAUUACUUAUACGGAACCUUUGCCUACAGGGUGGAAGCCGCCUUUGCAUGUGAGAAGGAUGUCUAAGAAGGAGUGUGAUUUGAUUCGAAAGCAGUGGCAUAUAAUUGCUGAUGGGGGUGAUAUCCCACCCCCGAUUAAGAAUUUUAAGGAUAUGAGGUUUCCAGAGCCAGUUUUGAAGAAGUUGAAAGCUAAGGGGAUUGUACAACCAACACCCAUUCAGGUGCAAGGCCUUCCUGUUAUCUUAUCUGGGCGGGAUAUGAUUGGGAUUGCAUUCACAGGCUCAGGAAAAACUCUGGUCUUUGUGCUUCCAAUGAUCAUGGUGGCAAUGCAAGAGGAAAUUAUGAUGCCUAUUGUUCCCGGAGAAGGUCCAUUUGGUUUGAUUAUUUGUCCAUCAAGGGAACUGGCAAGGCAGACGUUUGAAGUGAUUGAACAAUUCUUGAUACCUUUGAAGGAAGCUGGAUAUCCAGAGCUCAGGCCUUUGCUCUGUAUUGGUGGAGUGGAUAUGAGAUCGCAGCUUGAUAUUGUGAAGAAGGGUGUUCAUAUUGUUGUUGCCACUCCUGGGAGGCUGAAGGAUAUGUUGGCCAAGAAGAAAAUGAAUCUUGAUAAUUGCAGGUAUUUAACAUUGGAUGAGGCUGAUCGAUUGGUAGAUUUGGGAUUUGAAGAUGACAUUAGAGAAGUUUUUGAUCACUUCAAAGCUCAAAGGCAGACUCUUCUAUUUUCUGCCACUAUGCCUACCAAAAUUCAGAACUUUGCCAGAAGUGCUUUGGUGAAACCUAUUAUUGUCAAUGUGGGGCGUGCAGGGGCUGCAAAUCUUGAUGUAAUUCAGGAGGUAGAGUAUGUCAAGCAAGAGGCAAAAAUAGUUUAUCUCCUUGAGUGUCUACAAAAAACCCCACCUCCUGUUCUGAUAUUCUGUGAGAAUAAGGCUGACGUUGAUGACAUCCAUGAAUACCUUCUCUUGAAAGGAGUGGAAGCAGUGGCCAUCCAUGGAGGCAAGGAUCAGGAAGAGAGAGAGUAUGCUAUUGCUGCUUUUAAGGCUGGAAAGAAAGAUGUGUUGGUAGCAACUGAUGUUGCAUCCAAAGGUUUGGAUUUUCCUGAUAUUCAGCAUGUCAUUAACUAUGAUAUGCCAGCUGAAAUUGAAAAUUAUGUCCAUAGGAUUGGAAGGACUGGACGAUGUGGAAAGACCGGUAUAGCGACAACAUUUAUAAACAAGAAUCAAAGUGAGACAACAUUACUUGACUUGAAACACCUUUUGCAAGAAGCAAAACAAAGGAUUCCCCCUGUUUUGGCUGAGUUGAAUGAUCCAAUGGAAGAUAAUGAAGAAAUCACAGACAUAAGUGGGGUCAAAGGAUGUGCAUAUUGUGGUGGGCUUGGUCAUCGCAUCCGAGAUUGUCCCAAAUUAGAACACCAGAAGAGCAUGGCAAUUGCAAAUAAUAGAAAGGAUUAUUUUGGAUCUGGAGGUUACAGAGGGGAAAUUUGAAAGGCAUCCUUUGUGUACCAAUUUUCUCAAACACUACUAGUCCAGGAUGAUAUGAUGAUUUGCAUUGGAAAGUAGUAUAGUCAAGUUCAUUUGUUAGGAGUGGAUGCCUUCUGCUCUGGUAUUUAUUUUCCUAGAAGAUUUAUGUUUGUUUAUGAUGAGUGUAAAUAAUGUGUCUUGCAUAUGCAAGAAAUCUUUAACGACAAUUGUACAUUUAUUUGUAUGGAGAACAGUGUAAAGAGCACAAAUCGAUGUGCAUCUUUUCUUAACUUUAAACUUGACUUUUGCAACACCA